AACUGUAUUUUACACACAUCGAUCCACUUUCAGUGCAUGUAUAGGCGUCAAACCAGCUCUUCCGGUUUUUAGUUUCCCCUCGAAACACUAAAAGAGGAUCAGACAAAGCAGACAAAAGACUUCCAAUGUCUGAUAACAAAGCAGGCCACAUGAACGACCAGCUAUCAAACCCGACCUCAAUCUUUGGCCUUAAACUGUGGGUGGUUCUUGGGGUUUGUGUUGGAGCUGCCUUCGUCCUCCUUCUCUUUCUCAUCUCUCUCUGCUGGCUCGCCUCGAAGCGCUCCAAAGCCAAGGCCUCUCACCGACCCACAAUCCCACUUGUCUCCAAAGAGAUCCAAGAGAUCAGAGUCGACCAUUCCCAGACCCAAAAGCACCACCACCAUGAGACCAAGCCAAGCAGGACUCAAAUCCAGGCCGUCCCAUUUUCUGAACCAGACCCAGUUCCCGGAAUCGAAAGGCAGGCCUUGCUGCUGCCACCUCCGGAGGAAGAGAGCCCAGUGGGGUACCAGAGGAUUCUUAUUGAGAUUGGGAAGGGUCAUCGGAUUUCUUACCCUGAGCGGUUUUGUAGGUCUUCUUCUGGGAGUGGGGAGGGUCGUGGUUUUGAUCAGGUGGCUAUGGUGGUUCCUGAAGUUUCACACUUGGGGUGGGGGCAUUGGUAUACUUUGAGAGAGCUUGAGGCCUCCACCAAUGACUUCGCUCACGAGAAUGUCAUCGGCCAAGGUGGGUACGGGAUUGUUUAUCACGGUGUUUUGGAGGACAACAAUCAGAUUGCUGUCAAGAAUUUGCUCAAUAAUAGGGGACAAGCUGAGAGGGAGUUUAAAGUUGAAGUUGAGGCAAUUGGCCGGGUUCGGCAUAAGAAUUUGGUGAGAUUGCUUGGUUUCUGCGCUGAAGGAGCUCAUAGGAUGCUUGUCUAUGAGUAUGUAAACAAUGGGAAUUUGGAACAGUGGCUUCAUGGGGAUGUAGGGCCUUGCAGCCCUCUUACUUGGGAGAUUCGGAUGAAUAUCAUACGUGGAACAGCAAAAGGGCUAACUUACCUUCAUGAGGGGUUGGAACCCAAAGUUGUCCACCGCGAUAUAAAAUCAAGCAACAUUUUAGUUGACAAACAAUGGAAUCCAAAGGUUUCAGAUUUUGGCCUCGCCAAGCUCCUUGGCUCCGAGAGUAGCUACAUAACAACCCGUGUCAUGGGGACAUUUGGCUAUGUAGCACCUGAAUAUGCAAGCACGGGCAUGCUGAAUGAAAGAAGUGAUGUGUAUAGUUUUGGUAUUCUUAUAAUGGAAAUAAUUUCCGGGAGGAACCCAGUUGAUUAUAGCCGACCUCCCGACGAGGUCAACUUAGUUGAGUGGCUUAAGAAUAUGGUCGCUAACAGGAAUGCGGAAGGAGUAUUGGAUCCAAAACUACUUGAGAAGCCUACUUCAAGGGCAUUGAAGCGGGCUCUUCUUGUUGCUUUACGUUGUGUAGAUCCUAAUGCACAGAAGAGACCAAAAAUGGGACACGUUAUACACAUGCUUGAAGCUGAAGAUGCACCCUUCAAAGAAGAUCGUAAAGUAGGAAGGGACAGAGGAGACUCAGGUGGUGACACUGCUAGGGAUGGGUUGAAAGAGAACGAUUGUGAACACGGAAGUGGGGCGCAUGCCAAUGAGGCAAGAUGGCAAAAUCAAGAAGAAAAUCUGAAGGUCCCUACGCCUGUUUUGUAAGUAUUAUAAGUAUUGCUCACCUGUGUAUGGCCCUCAACCUAGUUGGCAAAAGUAGCCAUGUGACAGUAAUAUGAUUAUUUCUGUUCAGGAAGCCAUUAGCAAUGUUCUUGCUUUAAAAUUGCCAAUGUGAUCAAGAAAUAUUUG